AUGGAAGUGGUCACACAUAGUCCCACUGCAAGUCCCUCUAAGGAUCCUUUCGAUUUCAACCGAGCAAGGAUUUCGCCCUAUCUAAGUGCUCCGUCUUCGCCCAAGCGCUUUGGGGAAUAUUAUUACCUGAGCGCCCCCACGAGCCCCUCCAGGUUUUUCACCCAGUUCGAUUCCCCUUAUGAUUGGGAACACGAACAUCAACAUGGUGGUGCUCAUAAAGAUAAGAGCCAUGUUGAGGGUGAUGAUGGGUUUGCGUUUUUUGUUAACGGGGAAUCGAAGAGCCCUCGAUCUGCGGAAGAACUUUUUGACGGUGGCAAAAUUAAGCCGCUGAACGAGGAGGGUUUGUCGGACUCCGCUAAAAGCCCACUUCUUUCUGUGGCCCAGCCCAAAAGAUCUUCGAAGGCCCAAGGAAAGAAGAAAGAGGAGGUUUUAGGUGAAGAAGAAGAAGAGAGAAGAGGGAGGGAUAGGAGUGUUUGUUCGAAUUCUAGUCGCAGCAGAGUCACGCGCUCGCUCUCGCCUUGUAACAGAAUAUCUGACUAUACGUGGGAUGAGGAAUCCAGCCAAGCGCAGAACAAUAAAGAGGGUUCGGUUUCCAACGCAGUUUCGCUUUCCUCGAGUUCCAAGAGUUCCAGGAAAUGGAGAUUCAGAGACUUUUUACUUUUCCGCAGUGCCUCCGAAGGGAGAGGUUCCAGCAAAGACCCCUUGAGGAAGUUUCCCGCUUUCUACAAAAAGCCUCAGGACCCGAAGACUUCCGGGCCAAGCCCAAGCCCAGGCCCAAGGCUCAGAAGAAAGGAACCCCUCUCCGCCCAUGAAUUGCACUAUGCAAGAAAGAAAGCGGAAUCGGAGGAUUUGAAGAAGAAAACAUAUUUGCCAUACAAACAGGGAAUCUUGGGCAGGUUGGCUGGCUUCGGAUCGAGAUGA